UACAGAACUCACAUAGAGCGACACAUAUUGCCUCCAUUCAGUAAGUUCAUAACCUUAUCCUCCCAAACACCACACAAUCCCUCAAUCCCUCCCACCGCCUCUCUCCUCCACCGUCACUUUCUCCAUACACUGUAAAAUCCAAAGCCAUGGCAAUGGCAACUCUGCCCCAUUUCGCUGCAUCCCCUUCCUCUCCCAUCACUCUCCCUUUAGAAUCAAAGCAACGCACCCCCAGGCUCUCUCCCUUUCCACCCAUCGCCUCCAGGCCCCACCGCCUGCCGCGCCGGAGAACGGCCGUGGGGUGUUCUUACAAGGUGGUGAUAGAGCACGAGGGUCGAACCACGGAGCUGGCGGUGGAGCCCGACGAGACCAUCUUGGCCAAGGCCGUCGACGCCGGGCUCUCCGUCCCCCACGACUGCAAGCUCGGCGUGUGCAUGACCUGCCCCGCCCGCCUCCUCGCCGGCUCCGUCGACCAGAGCGAAGGCAUGCUCAGCGACGACGUCGUUGAGCGCGGCUACGCCCUGCUCUGCGCCUCCUACCCCCGCUCCGAUUGCCACAUUCGCACCAUUCCCGAGGAGGAGCUGCUCUCGCUUCAGCUUGCCACCGCCAACGACUGAAAUUAAUUGAUUUGGUUUCAAAUUCCGUUGAGAGAGUUAAUAAAAUUGCUUUUUGUAACUUCACAAUUUCAUUCUCUCCUUAAGUUUGUUCCCCUAUUUUGUGAUUGCCCGGAAAAUGGACUGAAAGAGUGAAAUGAAAUUAAAAUUUUCUUGA